AUGCUUAGUAGAUUAGGAACGAGUCGGGGAGGAUCAUCUGGGGCCGGGGCGAGAACGCUGCCUAAGCUGUCGCCGUCGCCACAAGCGCUGCCGCGUCACUCGGUGCAGCGCUGCGGCUGCAGCUGCUGCGGUGAACAGCACUACUCCCCGGAACUCAUGCUGGUGGACGUGAAUGUCGCCGCGUUAGGUUCUCGGGAACGUUCCCAAGGGUGGCUCCCCAAGGAGCACAGUAGCGCUUGCCUCGGUGGCUUCGUUGGACCCUGUUGGAACGUCAAGGGGGCGCCUCGGGGCGCCAGCAACUCCACCGGCGCUCAGUACACCUGCACGGGGCAACUGCGGAGUAGCUUGUGCGCACAUGCAUUGCACGCUUCCCGAGAGCAAUGCAUGGGUGGCAGAGGGCGCGCGAGCCUCUCUUGUGCGUCUCUAGUUGGCGGACGAUCACGACGUGCGGAGCUCUUCACUCGAUGCCCUGGAGCUGCAGGCAGGCUGAGGUCAACCGGCCGUUUUCCGCCCCGACUGUUGCCUGCUGGACAACUCAUGGACAGUGGAGCGCGCAGCAUGUAUGCACAGGCCACAGGCGGUGCAAAAGGUCAUCCCAUGAAUGGCGAUGUUCCGCGAGAACCAGCGAGCCCCAACGACAAACGAAUAGAAAGCGAGGGUGAGUUGAACACGGACGCGAUUGCCAAAGCAGAUGCCGCAAAUGAGCACAAACGCGGACGACCAGCGACGCCUCAGCGGAGUCCAAAGGCUCCCGAGAACGCCACUGGUAAAGGCGGAAAGCGCAAAGAUCGGGAGGUCUUCACCGCGCUUGAGGCUUUCGGGCUAGUUCCGAGCAGGCGUCGUGAUGAUCAGCCUCAGAUGCGUAGAGGACGCAAAACUAAGAGCGGGUGGAUUUUUACGAUCAUCUCAGAAGCGCUUCUGGGUUCUAAGGGCGCACCCUUGAAACGAGAAGAGAAACAGCAGCUCGUCGCGCUCGAGAGCAGACUCGUGAGCAUGGUUCGCGAACUCUCGGCCUCGCCUCCGCUAUCGCAACCAGCGGAAGAUAUUCGACAGGCAUGGUUGAUUCUGGAUCGCAUUCGGAGCCUCGUUUUCUAUGCGGAUGUGCUGAACGAUACGUACGUGGCCAGCUUUAUUCUUGCGCUGAAAGGCGUCGUCAGCUCAGCGCUGCUUCUUGGAAUGGGCACAGAUUUUCUGGAGCAGUCGGCCUCAGAGCAUCACGGAAUGAAUGCAGAACGAGACGCUCCGGGAGGACGUCUGCUUUCGUCGGUUGCGACGCGGGCACGAAACACACGCAAGCGCCGCAGCCAGCGAAACGAUGACCCACGGCGACCGGAGCUUGUCUCGCGUAUGAAUGAUCAGCUCGUUGAAGAGAUCUUGGCUUCUGGAGAUACUAUCGACAAUCAUUGGCUAGCUCCAUUAGACAGCAAAUGGGCCUCGGCUCCGUGGAAGACGCCCUUCAUGCAGUUCUAUCGGAAUCUAACGGAGCUGCGCGUUAAGCAGGGACAGACCUGGGAGGGUCACAUUCUGGACCUGACGCUUCACCCCACGAACAUAUUUGCCCAGAGUUUGCAGCGUUCGCGUGGCCUCAAUAAUGCUGCAAGUAGCACCGAUCCGAAUAUGGAUGCUGAGAAUGCUUCGUUGAACGAUCAAGAAAUGAUUCCUGGGCUGCAGGUCGUACCCAGCGGCGAUGCUGUGUCUGAGGCGGAGCUCACGGAACAAAGUACGGCUUCGGAAGCCAGUUGGUACGAUCUGGACGGGCGCACGAUAGCGGCCAUGGUGCGUCAAGACCUGGAUAUCUUGCAGAGUCUCUGUGCUUGGUCGCUUCAUCGCCUCGCGAGAUGUAUUGCCUUGAGUCUCAUGGGACUUACUGAAGACGAACUCGAGCAUUUGUACCAGCAACUGACUUUCAAUAGCAAACAGUCGGCACAAGGUGAAUCCAGCGAGCAUACUGCCUUCGACGCAGCUGAGUCGCUGGUCGUUCUCCUGGCCAGGGAGGCGCCCUCUACCAUUUCCCUGCUGGAAAAUGGCCUCGUUGCACAUCAUCCUGUUCCGCGAGCGGUCGUUGCGGAUGCGCUGGAACAGAGCCUCCGGUCGCUGCUCUUCAAGAGCGCGCUCUCCGCUGUGGGCGCUGCUGGAAUACCGCAGCACCGCUGGAGCCAAUUCUAUCCACUGAUCGCGAAAAGAAUCCGUCUUCGAGGAGACGGUAUACUUGGGCAAUACUUCAUGCUCUAUUACUCGAAUCGCGAACAAUGUUUCAGACCCGUGGAGUCUGCCGACACGGUGCGUCUCGACGAUUUAGUCGGGUACGAUGAAAUCAAGCAAGCAUUUAUCCAGAAUAUCAAGUACUUUAUCGCCGGUCAUUAUGCGCACCAUACGCUUUUGAUUGGUGCUCACGGCACCGGCAAGUCGGCGCUCGUCAAAGCUGCGGCAGCCGAAUUCUAUCGAAUGGGUCUGCGUCUCGUGCAGUUGGAUAGUGGAUACUUUGGAGCUGCCCAGGGCCUGGGAACCCUCCCCAUUGUGCGAAUUCAGAAGAGCAGAGCCAAGAGCCGCCUAACCGAGCAGGACAUUCCGUUCGGGACAUUGGGCCUUAUGCACGACAUGCAGGGCAUCGCCAAGGAGGCCGUCAAUCACCCACAUUUGCGCUUUCUGCUAUUCAUUGACGAUGUGCCCUUGGAUGAGAGAGAUCCUCGGCUCGUUGCUUUGCGAGGUAUCAUGAGCGGUGGCCUGCUCACGCUGCCGAAGAAUCUGAUUAUUGUGGCCACAUGCAGCUCCAGCGUCUCUGGUCCUGAUCUGUUCGCCCUGAGCGUCACGUCCACAGAGGAGGACUUUAUUCAGUCGGGAAAAUAUCGUUUCCGGCGACGCCUGCGGGUCGUGCCCUAUGUGGAUCUCUACGAAUUCUUCUCAGGUCUAUCGGAUGAAACCAUUAUUUUUUUGGAUCGGUUUGGAAUGGUGCUGACCUUCAAUUCGCCGAGCAAGUCAAAGUACUUGGACUUUGUCCGAAGUGCGUUGGAGCGAUACGGGAGCACGGCGCGACGCAUUCCCUGGCAAACGCUGCGUCGCCGUGCGCUAGUCUAUGCCCGAAUGCGUUGUUCGUUUUCGGCGAGAACUGCUCGUCACUUUAUUGCCGCGGUCGAGGACGAGCAGCGGUUUAUGCAUGCGAGCGCGCCAAUGAUGCCGUCUGCGGACUCGCUUGCUACCAUGAGAAUAUCUGAUCCAGAUAACGAUGAUGACGAUGAAGAAGAGGAAGAUGACGACGAAGACGAGGAAGAGGAGGAGGAUUUUGAGGAUGAAGCGCUGUACGAUGAUGACGACGAUGAUGAUGAUGACGAUGAUGAUGAUGACGACGAUGAUGAUGACGACGAUGAUGACGAUGAUGAUGAUGACGGCAAGCGCGGUGCCUAA